GCGCCCCCGCUAGAAGCUCCGAUCGGUCUCGGGAGCGCGCUCUGUGUGGCCGCUGCCGCCAUGUUGUUGUGGUUGUGAGAAGGCGGCGGCGGCGGCGGCGGCGGCGGCGGCGGCGGCGGCGGCGGCGGCGGCGGCGGCGGCAGCGGAGUAGCCGGCGGAGACGCUCCAGCGGCCUAGGCGCUGCCCCACGCCGGCCCUGGCUGGCAGCCUCGUGGGGUGGCGGAGGAGGCCGUGCGCUGGCGGGCCUCGCCAUGUCCUGCCACCUGAUUUCCUUGUGAAACCCUGUAGAAGAAAAAGUUCUCAGGACAAUAUUCAUUUGGGUGAACCUACCAGUUUUCAAAGAGGCGGUGCACUGUUGUACAUUCCUGCUGGCAUUGGGAGAGGGUCUCAAGCUGAAGAGAAAGAAGAGUGUUGUUAGAGACUGGAGAAGGACGGGGUCUCUCCUGCCCUGGCCUGGUCAUGGAUGAAGAGAUGCGGCAUAGCCUGGAGUGCAUCCAAGCCAAUCAGAUUUUUCCCAGGAAGCAGCUGAUUCGGGAGGAUGAGAAUCUUCAGGUUCCUUUUCUUGAACUUCAUGGAGAGAGCACAGAGUAUGUGGGCCGUGCUGAGGAUGCCAUCAUUGCCCUUUCUAAUUACAGACUUCACAUCAAGUUUAAGGAGUCUCUUGUGAAUGUUCCAUUACAGCUUAUAGAAAGUGUUGAAUGCCGUGAUAUAUUCCAGCUUCAUUUGACAUGCAAAGACUGCAAAGUCAUCAGGUGUCAGUUCCCAACCUUUGAGCAGUGUCAAGAUUGGCUGAAGAGAUUGAACAGUGCGAUCCGACCGCCUGGUAAAAUAGAAGACCUCUUCUCAUUUGCAUACCAUGCUUGGUGCAUGGAGGUCUAUGCCAGUGAAAAAGAACAACAUGGAGACUUGUGCAGACCAGGGGAGCAUGUAACGUCAAGGUUCAAGAAUGAAGUGGAACGGAUGGGUUUUGAUAUGAACAAUGCCUGGAGGAUUUCCAACAUCAAUGAGAAAUACAAAUUAUGUGGUAGUUAUCCACAAGAGCUCAUAGUACCUGCCUGGAUCACUGACAAAGAACUAGAAAGUGUGGCAGGAUUCCGAUCCUGGAAGCGCAUCCCUGCUGUCAUCUACAGGCACCAGAGCAAUGGAGCUGUCAUUGCCCGCUGUGGACAGCCGGAGGUUAGCUGGUGGGGCUGGCGAAAUGCUGAUGAUGAGCAUCUGGUGCAGUCAGUGGCCAAAGCCUGUGCUUGUGACUCUCAAUCAAGUAUCAGCAAGGUUUCCACUAGGAACAGUUGUCGGGACUUUCCCAAUGGCGGCGAUCUUUCUGAUGUGGAGUUCGAUUCCUCUCUGUCAAAUGCUUCAGGAGCAGAAAGUUUAGCUCUCCAGCCACAAAAACUUCUGAUCUUGGAUGCACGUUCCUAUGCAGCAGCUGUGGCAAAUCGAGCCAAAGGAGGAGGUUGUGAAUGCCCAGAGUAUUACCCAAACUGUGAAGUUGUGUUUAUGGGAAUGGCAAAUAUCCAUUCUAUCCGGAGGAGUUUCCAGUCUUUACGACUGCUGUGCACACAGAUGCCAGAUCCUGGAAAUUGGCUUUCAGCUCUUGAGAGUACAAAAUGGCUCCAUCACCUGUCUGUGCUCUUGAAGUCGGCACUUCUCGUAGUGCAUGCUGUGGACCGUGAUCAACGCCCAGUGCUAGUGCACUGCUCAGACGGCUGGGAUCGCACUCCCCAGAUUGUGGCCUUGGCUAAGCUCCUGCUGGACCCUUACUACCGAACAGUAGAGGGUUUCCAAGUCCUUGUGGAGAUGGAAUGGCUGGAUUUUGGCCAUAAGUUUGCUGACCGGUGUGGUCAUGGGGAGAACUCAGACGACCUGAACGAGCGCUGCCCAGUGUUUCUGCAGUGGCUUGACUGUGUUCAUCAGCUUCAGAGGCAGUUCCCUUGCUCUUUUGAGUUCAAUGAAGCAUUCCUUGUGAAACUGGUACAGCACACCUAUUCCUGCCUCUUUGGAACAUUCCUGUGCAACAACGCCAAGGAGAGAGGGGAGAAGCAGACUCAGGAACGGACAUGCUCUGUGUGGUCACUUCUUCGGGCAGGCAACAAAGCUUUCAAAAACUUACUGUAUUCAUCUCAGUCAGAAGCCGUACUAUACCCCGUGUGCCAUGUACGGAACCUGAUGCUAUGGAGUGCAGUAUACCUUCCUUGCCCAUCUCCAUCCACUCCCACAGAUGACAGCUGUGGACCAUACCCAGCCCCAGGCACCAGCCCUGAUGACCCCCCCUUGAGCCGGCUACCCAAGACUAGAUCAUUUGACAAUCUGACCACAGCCUGUGACAACAUGGUGCCACUGGCCAGCCGGCGCAGCAGUGACCCCAGCCUGAAUGAGAAGUGGCAGGAGCAUGGGCGCUCACUGGAGCUGAGCAGCUUUGCUGGAUCUGGGGAAGAGGCGCCUGCUGUGGACAGCCUGCGGAAGUCCAGCAGGCUGCUCGGAGGUGCUGAGCUAUCUGUGGCAGCUGGUGUGGCAGAAGGGCAGAUGGAGAACAUUUUGCAAGAGGCCACCAAAGAGGAGAGUGGGGUGGAAGAGCCUGCCCACAGGGAGCACACUGAGGGGCCGGAGGUCACAGAGGAGGUGCUCCUAGCAAAGGAGAGCAGAAUGGUGGCUGAGGGCUCAGAUGUCCUUUACCAAGAAUCCAAGCUGGAUGACGCUACUCUAGGAAACCAUCUAGCCCCCAGCCUGUCUUUGUCCCCACAGGAUAUUCCUCAACAGCAGGAUGGGCACAAUGUUCUCUCUAGUCCACUCCAGGCUCCCCUCAGGGGAGAGGACUCCCAGGAGGUCCCUGUGGAACAGCCUCAAGUAGAGAAUAUUGCAGAGGACAGGGAAAACGUAGCUCCUGCUCUCCUGGUAGAUGCAAAAGUUGGCCUUGGUACCUCACAGUCUAGUUCUCUGCUGCCUUCCCAAGUCCCAUUUGAGACAAGAGGACCACACAUGAACAGCUCCAUGCACAUGUUACUAGAAGAUAAGGUAAAGUCAGAGAGUGGGCCCCAACUCCACCACAGACCUUGCCUGGCAAGCAGUGGUAGGUUCAGUGGCAAGGACAUUCUUCCCAUGGCUCCAGAGCCCAGGUCUGCUGAGAGGCCCCAAUGGGACUCUGUGCUAUAUAGGACUUCAUCCCCUGGCAACACCCUCAGCCUGAUGCGGGCUCCUUGUGCCUUGCCAUUAGACAAAUGUAGACAGGGAAUUGUGUGCAACGGUGCCCUAGAGACUGAAAACAAGGCUUCAGAACAGCCUUCAGGGUUUGGCACCCUUCAGAAGUACCCCACACCCAAUGGGCACUGUGCCAAUGGGGAGGCUGGGAGGAAUAAGGACUCACUGAGCCACCAGCUGUCUGCCACAAUCUGCAGCUCUGCUCACUUAUACUCAAGGAACUUGCACCACAAGUGGCUGAAUAACCACUCAGGGAGGCCAUCCACUACCAGCAGCCCUGACCAGCCUUCCCGCAGCCACCUGGAUGAUGAUGGCAUGCCUGUAUACACAGACACAAUCCAACAGCGUCUGCGUCAGAUAGAGUCUGGCCACCAGCAGGAAGUGGAGACCUUGAAGAAACAAGUCCAGGAGCUGAAGAGUCGCCUGGAGAGCCAGUACCUGACCAGCUCUCUGCGCUUCAAUGGGGACUUUGGAGAUGAAGUGACUUCAAUCCCCGACUCGGAAAGCAAUCUGGAUCAGAACUGUUUGUCUCGCUGCAGCACAGAGAUUUUCUCUGAAGCCAGCUGGGAGCAGGUGGAUAAACAGGACACAGAGAUGACCCGUUGGCUACCUGACCACCUGGCUGCCCACUGCUAUGCCUGUGACAGUGCCUUCUGGCUCGCCAGCAGGAAGCAUCACUGCAGGGACACUGACCGUGUUGAUCAAACGUGGAAUUGUGGGAAUGUAUUCUGCUCCAGUUGUUGUAACCAGAAGGUUCCAGUUCCUAGCCAGCAACUGUUUGAACCCAGUCGAGUGUGCACGUCUUGCUAUAGCAGCCUCCAUCCCACAGGCUCCAGCAUUGACCUUGAACUGGAUAAGCCUAUUGCUGCCACUUCAAACUGAAGCUCAGCGAUCUGGGGUGGCAAAGGCCACGCUGCUGUUCUUUAACAGGCUCAUCCAGAGCCUGGGCAGUCUGAGAAGCCCAUACACUUUGGAAUGAGGGCAUAGAACAACCUGUACAGAGAUUGGGAUGUACCACUGGAUUGUAAAUUGAUUUUUGUUUCAUCUUCCCUUCCCUUUCCAUGCUCCCUCUUUGCC